GUGCGCGUGGGCUCCGCCGAGCUGGUGGGCGAGAUCAUCCGCCUCGAGGGCGACCUGGCCACCAUCCAGGUGUACGAGGAGACCUCGGGUGUCUGCGUGGGGGACCCGGUGCUGCGCACGGGGAAGCCGCUCUCGGUGGAGCUCGGUCCCGGCAUCAUGGGCUCCAUCUUCGAUGGCAUCCAGCGGCCCUUGAAGGACAUCACGGAGCUCACCAAGACCAUCUACAUCCCGCGCGGCAUCAACAUCCCCGCGCUGGCCCGCGACGUCACCUGGGACUUCGCCCCCAGCAAAAACAUCCGGGUCGGCAGCCACGUCACCGGCGGGGACAUCUACGGCGUCGUGACCGAGAACUCGCUCAUUCAGCACAAGAUCAUGGUGCCACCACGGAGCCGGGGCACCGUCACCCACAUCGCGCCGCCGGGGCACUACAGCAUCUCGGACGUGGUGCUGGAGCUGGACUUCGAGGGCACCACGGAGAAGCUGACCAUGAUGCAGGUGUGGCCCGUGAGGCAGACCCGGCCCGUGGCCGAGAAGCUCCCGGCCAACUACCCGCUGCUCACGGGCCAGAGGGUCCUGGACGCCCUUUUCCCGUGUGUCCAAGGUGGCACCACGGCCAUCCCGGGGGCCUUCGGCUGCGGCAAGACCGUCAUCUCGCAGUCGCUGUCCAAGUACUCCAACAGCGACGUCAUCGUGUACGUGGGCUGCGGCGAGCGCGGCAACGAGAUGUCCGAGGUGCUGCGGGACUUCCCGGAGCUCACCCUGGAGCGGGGCGGGAGGGGGGAGGACAUCUGUGCUCGCACGCAUGCCCACGCGUGCCCACGCGCGCUCCCCGGCUCGCCCGCAGGCAUCACGCUCUCCGAGUACUUCCGCGACAUGGGCUACCACGUGAGCAUGAUGGCCGACUCGACGUCGCGCUGGGCCGAGGCGCUGCGCGAGAUCUCGGGGCGCUUGGCCGAGAUGCCGCUCAUCCCUCUUGCCCGCAGCGUGUCCCCACCAGGAGGGGACUUCUCGGACCCUGUCACUUCGGCCACACUGGGCAUCGUGCAGGUGUUCUGGGGGCUGGAUAAGAAGCUCGCGCAGCGCAAGCAUUUCCCCUCCGUCAACUGGCUCAUCAGCUACAGCAAGUACCUGCGGGCGCUGGAGCCGCACUACGAGCGGCAGCAUCCCGAAUUCCCAGCCCUGCGCACCAAGGCCAAGGAGAUCCUGCAGGAGGAGGAGGAUCUGGCUGAGAUCGUCCAGCUUGUGGGCAAGGCCUCCCUGGCCGAGGCCGACAAGAUCACCCUGGAGGUGGCCAAGCUCCUCAAGGACGACUUCCUGCAGCAGAACGGCUACUCACCCUACGACAGGUUUUGCCCCUUCUACAAGACGGUGGGGAUGCUCCACAACAUGGUGACCUUCUACGAGCUGGCGCGACACGCGGUGGAGAGCACGGCGCAGGCCGAGCACCGCGUCACCUGGGCCACCAUCCGCGAGAACCUGGGCGACAUCCUCUACAAACUGAGCUCCAUGAAGUUCAAGAUGGGACUGCAGACUGGAGACCACCACGAGCAGGAUGUCACCCUGGACCAGAUGCCACCCCAGGCUGGAGACCCUAGCCACCCAUCUGUCCUGUCAUUCCCACGGGCGCCCGCGCCGCUCACUCGCCCGGCGGACGGACGCACAGACGGGACGUGUCGAGGCGCCCGCCGGGGCCGCUGCGCGCAGAAGGUGGGUGCGCAGGACCCCGGGCUGGAUGUCACCCUGGGCCAGGCAGGACUCUGGACUUGCCCUGUGCCACACUCCCAGGUCCCCACGGUGCCACCCGGAUACUUCAUGGUGGUCCUAGAAGGUGCCACCCCUGGAUGCAGCUGA